AUGAGUGAGAAAGUAGAAAAUGAGAGAGAAGAGAGGGAGGAGAGAGAGAUGGUUGAUCAUUGGAACCACGAGCAUCCACUUACUUUGGUGGAAGCUCCUCGAGGAGAAUACUGUUCUGGGUGUCUAACGCUUUUUAGAAGGGGAGAGACAUAUUACAGAUGCAGCCAGGAAUGCUGGUAUGGUGUCAAACUACAUGAAGACUGUGCAGAGGCGCCGAGGAAGAUCAGACACGCAAUGCACCCUCAACACACACUGGCUCAACAAUUCAACAUUGACGUUGUAAGGCAGUGUUCAAUCUGCCAAUUGUCUGUCUGUGGAAUUUUCUACAGAUGUACGAGCGCAGAAUGUGCGUAUGUGAUGCAUAUCAGAUGCGCGCAGGGCAGCGACAUGAUGUAUCCGGCCGAAGAUGGCGAGGAGCAGCAGAGCAGCAGCGGCGGCGGCAGAACUCAUCCGAGUCACCCCAAGCAUCAACUCUUAUUUCUGAGGAGAAGUUCUUCUUUCAAGUGCGAUGCUUGCGGCACCACACACGCCAAAGGGAGUUCCUACUUGUGCACCAGAGAUGAUUGUCAGCAUUGGAUCCACGAGAGAUGUGCUUCCUUGCCUCAGAAUAUCCAAAGGGAGGAACACCCUCACUCCCUCUCUCUCUCUUUUCAUGUCCCUCCUCAAUAUCUCAGAUAUGGCUACCGUUGUGAGGUGUGCAGAAAAAGAUUAGUAACCAAACAUUGGGUGUAUCAUUGUGAGCUUUGCAGCUAUGUUGUCCAUCUCACCUGUGCCUUCAUCAAAUCGCCACACACCACUAGAGAGAAAGGGAUUAUGGUGUUUCCAAUAAAUGAUGUGGCUGUGGGUGAGGACCUAAUUGGAGCUUCUGUAAAGAGACAAGGAGUUGAUGCACAUACACUCAUCCUUGAUCAUCAUGAUGUUGUUGAUUAUAAGUUCCACCAUCACAAACUUACAUUAGUCUCCUCCUCAUCAUCAUCAUCAUUUCAAGAAGAAGAAAAUGGUGAUGACGAUGAUGAUGAGGAAGACUACUCUUGUAGAAAAUCGGAGUUAACAUGUAAUGGGUGCAUUACUCCGAUAUUUCUGAAACAAACAUCAUCUUCUUCUUCGUCUUCAUCAAGUAGUAAAGAUUGCUACUACUACAUGAGAUGUAGUAUCAGCUCAUGCAAAUACUACCUUCACUUGGCGUGCUUCCAAUUGCCACCUCAGAUCUCUUCUCUUCCUCUCCUCCACCAACAUGAGAAUGAGAAUGAGAAUGAUCACAGCCUUGUCCUUCAAUCCGGUGACAAUCGUAAACCGUGGGAGUGGGCAUAUUGCAGAGUCUGCUGGAAAUAUACAAAUGGUCUAUAUUAUGCAUGUACAAAAUGUGACAAUGGCUUCAGUGUAGAUAUAAAGUGCGCUUCAAUGCUGGCCACUAUAUAUCACGCAGCUCACCCUCCACACCCGCUCAACCUUCUUUCCCGAGAAGAUACUAGGAGACAAUCUUACGAUAUAUGUGAUGGCUGUAAUGGACUCAUGUAUGGUGGUAUGUAUGCAUGCGGCACCUGUGAUUUCAUCGUGCACUUUCAAUGCGCGGUGCUGCCCGCAUCAACCCUCAGUCGUAGAUGGGACAAGCACCACCCGCUGCUUUUGACACAUGACGCCACUCUUAACCGUCCCGGUGAUUUCUACUGCAAUCAAUGCGAGCAAGAAAUGAAUCCAAAGAGAUGGAUGUAUCACUGCCGCGACUGCGAUCUGUCCUUCCAUCCGCACUGCCUUAAAACAACAUCCGGUUGGUUUAGAAACAUCAAGUUUGGUCAGAAAUUUCUCAUCCACAGAGCUCACUGCCACACACUCACCUAUCAAAUUCUCACUACAAAACGCCGCUGCGACGUUUGUGGUCAGGAUAGGCAUGAGGCUAUUGGAUUUCACUGUGCAUCAUGCAACUUCUUCCUUUGUUUCCAAUUCUGCGCUGAAAAUAUGAUCAAAGAUGGCAACAUUGAGGCCGUGGAUUGA